AGUAAUCCGUUAAAUGUGCGCGCCACACACAGUGGAAGUAGUACUACUACUUCCUCUACUACGCAGUAUUUCCAUGUACUGCACUGCCUUUGUCCUCCUCAGCGACUGUGUUUACAGUUUGUCGUUGAGCUCAACCUGAGAUUGUUUCCCCCCAUCAUGCCACCCAAAAGAGACGCAGGUGUGACUCCGGCACAGCCACCCAUGAAGAUGAUAAAGAUCGAUAACGUUACAGAUGCGCAAGAGUUUGGCUGUCAUUCAGGGGAGGAUAAAUUCAGGCUUGCUGAAGAGGCCAGCUACUCACCUUUUCCCAACACUGACCCUGAAACUAUUGAAUUUGAUGAAGAAAAUGUUGCAAGCCCGGGCAUCAGAACAGACACCAUCAGCCUUCUCAUGAAAAUAGAGCAGCUGCAGGCACAACUGAAAUAUGAACGCAGAUGCAGAAUUUUGGCAGAGAGAGAGCUGAGGGAACUUAAAGAGAUGAACACGCUCAUGAUGCAGAUGAGGCACACAGCACAUGAACUGCGGGUCACACUGGAUCAUGUUCUUCACGGAGGCGAAGCAGCAGUUGCACCACAAAACUCUGAUGAAGCGAUCUCUUUCCUGACUGAGCCUGAGGCAGAGAUGAGAGCGGUUCAUAAUAUACCAGAGGAUGAUCACAACUUCCUCUAUCUCUCCGAGAAUCUUCGAGUGCCAAAAAAUCUUUAUGAGCGCAUUGCUGAAAUUGCAGACUACAAGAAGUACACUUCAGCAAUGCUGAUGAUACUUUUUGACAGAGAAACACUGGCCACCCACUCUCUGCAGGGCCGUAGGAAUACCUUUACAGGAGAGGACUGCCACAAGCCACAGCUCCCACCGGAGAUUUUGAAAAGUUUAAUUGAUCACGUGGCAGUCAAGUUUGGCGUUGACAGCAGCCAAAUAAAAACCGCAAUCCGCACAAAGUUGAACAAUGAGGAUAAAUUAUUGAAGAAGAGACUGGGGUUGGGGAAAACAGAACACAGAGCUAAUGUUGAGCAAAGCUUUUGCCAAGAUGCCUCGCUUCUGCCGGAGGACGGCGCAAUGACAAGUGACUCUCAGUUAUAGCCUUUUAUCACUGUCUUUGUUGGACACACGUGUUUCAUGUCUGAUAGAAAUGUGUCACAGAUUGCCUUUUUUGAUCCACGUAUAGUUUAUUCAGCAGUAAAAUCUAGUACUUGAUCUUAUUUUUUAAGAAUAAGUAUAUAUUUUUUACUUAGCAGUCUGUUAUUUGUUUUAAGAGUGUCACAUGAUGACUACACCCAGGCAUUCAAUAGCACUAUAAACUGCCACGUGUAAUCAUUAAUACUGUAAACAAGUGUUUUUUGUUUGUUUUUUUUUGGUCUUCUUACUGUAUUUAAGACAGUGGUUGUUGUUCAAUAACCUGUUUAACUAGUGUUAGUCAGUCAGCUGAUCUUUGUAUGUGUAUGUCGGACGGGGAUCUCAUUUGUGCCCUGUUCAUUCCAACUUGUGUAUUACAGGUGAUACUGUGUUUCAAGGUACGGUGUAAGUGAUCAUUCUUCCUUCAUUCAAAAUGUUUGUCAUGUGUUCUCUGUG